AUGGCGUCUUCUGCAACUGUGUCACCAUGUUCCAUGUUUGUGUUAUUAGAGAGUGAGAGUCAAGUACCUCCUCCCAAAAAUGAAGACGAACAUGGUCAUCAACAACGUGAGGACUCUAUAAGUGACGUGUUUCCUAUGACAGGAGGCAAUGUAUUUACAAAUCCAGCCAAUAUUUUACCAACAAGAGAAGCUUCGAUCCUCAUUGACACGGAUUUCGUACACCAGGCGACAGCUCAGGACACUGGACACAAAAUGGGACUACCAUCGACAACCUCUUGUACCCUGCACUCUGUCAUGGAGCAAAAGGGAGAAGGAUGUACGAGCUCGACGAAUGCAUCGGGACACAAUGUCUCCUUUGAAGGUCAAGGCACAUCCAGUGAGAACAACAGAUCACAUCAUAGUGUCUUGAACAGGAUUCCACCGUUGGAACCUGUGCAACGCGGUGUACGAUGGGUUUGGAGGUUGAGAAAAAGAGUGAUUUGUCAAUGGAGACAUGUCAACAGGUGUCGUCCGAAAGACAGACUUGGGAUGCUAUGGACACGCAUGAUGCCCAAUUGGGACUCCCGUGCACUUAUACUAGUCUUGGUGCUGGCUGUGCUGAGUGUGCCUGUAGCAGUUGGUAUCGCUGCUUGUCUGUCACGAGCAACACCAAGUAAAAUUCACCUGGUUGCACGAUGUGCGCUCCCGAGGAGUAGACACACUCACUCCACAUCGACAGCGACUUUGGCUGGAGUACUGAUUCCGGCGAUGAAUAACCUUGUACUCUUUAUAGUAUCACUUUGGCUCGGUGUGCUCUGCAGUCGCAGUCGCAAACGUGUGCUGCGUAGCGCUCCCUGCAGCAUUAGCUCCAAUCUGAAGUCUGCAUUUAUGCUUCCGUGCUACGAAGCGAUAUGGUACACUAUUGCUGCACUGUCAGCACUUGGUUUAGUACUCUAUUGUAUCAGCUUUCGGGCUUACAAAAACGACAGUGACAAGCCACACCGUGCAAUGACACUGGAAGACGAUGCUAAUUACCCAUGUAGUGUAGUUGGAAUGCCAUCCGUGUGGUUGUUGCAGUUGCUACCAAUGCUUAUGAUCCAGCGGAGUGUUUCUCCCCAAGCAGUGUUACGCGCCAUAGUAUACUCUGGAGCAGUGUGCACCAUCCUCGUCACAUGUAAUAUGACGCUGUACAAGGUUGGCUAUGACAUUGUAGACGCGAUCGGAAUGACCAUUCACAUUCUGUUGGUCAUUUUUUACUUCUGGGCCAAGUUUGUGUUUCACGCUCGGGCCACUUUCGACUUUUUCUUCGUCGUUGCCGUGGUUACGUCGCUAGCAAACAUUUUGAGUUAUAUCAUGGGGCUAGCUCAUAUGGAUGCAGCUUACGUAUUGCCGAUUAUUCGCUGCACUGCCGCCGGACUAGAAGCACUCAUCGUCGUAGCUAUCCUGCUGUCUCUUCGUGCCGAUACCCGAUACUGGCUAGCCAUUGACGACAACGGAUCAGGUAUGACGGCUUUGUCAAGCGCAAUGCGCCGUUAUAUGAAUUUGCUCUCGGAACGCGGUAUGAUCACCCAUUUUUCGACGCGUACGUCGGUAUAUGAUGUCCAUCACAUGAUCGAGGAACACCGACACAACGUUGUAGACUUCUCGGCUCUAGCACUGGACGGUAUUAUUGCAAAGGGUGCCACUUCCGUGGUGAUGCGAGGAACACUGCGAGGAAGCACCCCUGCGGCUAUCGCACUCAAGAUUUACACUGACGUACAGGUAACAAACGAAGAAGUGCAGCGAUUUUCGCGCGAAACGGCACUAAAUGUGCAGUUGUCACACCCGAAUGUCGUUCGCUUCUUCGGUUUGUGUGUGGUGCCGCCAUCGAUCUCACUUAUCUUCGAGUUCUGCGAGUACGGUGCACUGGACGUAACAUUGCGGGGACAUCCCGAGAUUUGGACACUCGCAGCGAAGCUGAAGGCGUGGCUGGAUGCGUGUCGCGCUGUUGCCUAUUUGCACAGUUUUUCGCCCCCACUUUUGCACCGUGAUAUCAAGACAGACAACUUCCUAGUGGGUCAGGAUUUUCUCAUCAAGCUUGCGGAUUUCGGUGAAGCUAAUUUGCUUCGACCACGGACUGACGGUACAAUGACGAUUGCAGGCACGGUCGACUACAUGGCUCCGGAGAUGAUUAAAGGUGGCAAGACAGCGUGUUACGGCACGGCUGUAGACGUUUACAGUCUGAUGAUCACGCUAUGGCAGAUUAUGGUGCCUACACGGAGUCCCUGGGAAGCCAAAUCUCACCUCGAAGUCUAUCGGUGUGUGGCUCAAGGUGACAGACCUCCACUCCUUCCAAUUAUCCCAAAAUCCUGCGCCAAGAUACUCGAGGCUGGUUGGGCCGCCAAUCCUAAUGAUCGCGUUGCUGUGGAGGACAUUAUACCCUCAGUUCACCGACUCUGGUUGCUUGCUCUGCACCAAAAAUCUCUGAAGCGCACGAAGCAUUGA